AUGAAUGACCAGUAUCACCGGGCCGCCAGGGAUGGCUAUCUGGAGCUCCUCAAGGAGGCCACCCGGAAGGAGCUGAAUGCCCCUGACGAGGAUGGCAUGACCCCGACCCUCUGGGCUGCCUACCAUGGCAACCUGGAGUCGCUGCGCCUCAUUGUAAGCCGGGGGGGUGACCCGGAUAAGUGUGACAUCUGGGGAAACACACCCUUGCAUCUGGCGGCUUCCAAUGGCCACCUGCACUGCCUGUCCUUCCUUGUGUCCUUCGGGGCCAACAUCUGGUGCCUGGACAAUGACUACCAUACGCCGCUGGACAUGGCCGCUAUGAAGGGCCACAUGGAGUGCGUGCGCUAUCUGGAUUCCAUCGCGGCCAAGCAGAGCAGCCUCAACCCCAAGCUGGUGGGCAAGCUGAAGGACAAGGCCUUCCGCGAGGCGGAGCGGCGCAUCCGCGAGUGCGCAAAGAUGCAGCGCAAGCACCACGAGCGCAUGGAGCGGCGCUACCGGCGCGAGCUGGCCGAGCGCUCCGACACGCUCAGCUUCUCCAGCCUCGCGUCCAGCACCCUGAGCCGCCGGCUGCAGCACAUGACGCUGGGCAGCCAGCUGCCCUACUCGCAGGCCACGCUGCACGGCACGGCCAAGGGCAAGGCCAAGAUCCAGAAGAAGCUGGAGAGGCGCAAGCAGGGGGUCGAGGGCACCUUCAAGGUCUCCGAGGACGGGCGCAAAAGCGUGCGAUCGCUCUCAGGCCUGCAGCUGGGCAGCGAUGUGAUGUUUGUACGCCAGGGCACCUACGCCAACCCCAAGGAGUGGGGCCGUGCCCCACUCAGGGACAUGUUCCUCUCGGACGAGGACAGCGUCUCCCGUGCCACGCUGGCUGCCGAGCCCGCCCACUCGGAGGUCAGCACCGACUCAGGCCACGACUCCUUGUUUACUCGCCCCGGCCUGGGUACCAUGGUGUUUCGACGGAACUAUGUGAGCAGCGGGUUGCACGGGCUGGGCCGAGAGGACGGGGGCUUGGAUGGGGCAGGCACGCCGCGGGGUCGGCUGCAUAGUUCCCCCAGCCUGGACGACGACAGCCUGGGCAGUGCCAACAGCUUACAGGACCGCAGUUGCGGGGAAGAGUUGCCCUGGGAUGAGCUGGACUUGGGCUUGGAUGAGGACCUGGAGCCUGAGACCAGCCCCUUGGAGACCUUCCUGGCCUCGCUGCACAUGGAGGACUUUGCUUCCCUCCUGCGGCACGAGAAGAUUGACCUGGAGGCCCUGAUGCUGUGCUCUGACCUCGACCUACGCAGCAUCAGCGUGCCCCUGGGACCUCGGAAGAAGAUCCUGGGGGCCGUGAGGAGGCGCAAGCAGGCUCUGGAGCGACCCCUGGCCCUGGAGGACACGGAGCUGUGA